AUGUCGAACACUAACCGAGAGCUGUUGUAUCUGGAUGGGUUAAGUCCGGCCAAUAGUCAACAGCAAGCCAUACGAGAAACGGGAAACAAUACGACUUCAAGUGGCAUAAGUGGCAACUCGUAUAGGAAUAAUGAAGUGCGGAGUGUUAUGCUCUACGGAAUCCCUAUCAUUGCUUUAGUUAUGGACUCUCAAGAAAGACUUUGUUUGGCGCAGAUAUCAAACACACUAUUGAAGAGCUUUAGCUAUAAUGAGAUCCACAACAGACGAGUGGCGUUGGGAAUAACGUGCGUUCAGUGCACUCCCGUUCAGUUAGAGCUGUUGCGAAGGGCCGGAGCUAUGCCUGUGUCCUCUCGAAGAUGCGGAAUGAUUACCAAACGAGAAGCCGAGAGACUAUGCAAAUCAUUUCUCGCAGAGACCGCACCGCCCAAACUGCCCGACACUUUCUCUUUCGAGGUCUACCAUCAGUGCGCGUGGGAAGCCGAGAGACUAUGCAAAUCAUUUCUCGCAGAGACCGCACCGCCCAAACUGCCCGACACUUUCUCUUUCGAGGUCUACCAUCAGUGCGCGUGGGGUUGUAGGGGAGAGUUUACCCCAUCCAGAUACAACAGCUCUCGUUGGAGAAGACAUAUAAAAUUGAUAGGAAAUCCUGAACCUCCGGAUGAGGUAUCAUUUGCGUGGGAGGAUGUGAAGGCAAUGUUCAACGGCGGGAGUCGUAAGCGAGCAAUGGCUGCG